AGCGCCGGAGGAAGAGCAGAAUCAGCUGAACAAAAGAAGGUACGAGAAUCUCUCUCACUCUCUCUCUAUCUCUCUUUUAAAGAAAUAAAAAUAUUCCUGGUUUUCUCCAGAAAUUCAUCACUACCAACAACCAGGAUAAUUAACAAAAAGCAAUGUUAAACUGCUGAAAGAGGUGAAGCACAAGCUGUCCUGAAGAAUCUCCAGAACACGCAGAAAUCGUUUGACACAUUAAACAGACAAAUGAAGCCAAGUCCCGACAUGGAGAAACAUCAGCACUCUGUCAAGAGUUUUACUAAACAGAGUAAUCUCAAAAAACAACAGCGCAUUCACACAGGAGAGAAACCGUAUUACUGCUCAGACUGUGGCAAGAGUUUUACUACACAGAGUAAUCUCAAAAAACACCAGCGCAUUCACACAGGAGAGAAACCGUAUUACUGCUUAGACUGUGGAAAGAGUUUUACUCAACCGAGUACUCUCAAAAUUCACCAGCGCAUUCACACAGGAGAGAAACCGUAUUACUGCUCAGACUGUGGAAAGAGUUUUACUGAACAGAGUCAUCUCAAAAUUCACCAGCGCAUUCACACAGGAGAGAAACCGUAUCACUGCUCAGACUGUGGAAAGAGUUUUACUGAACAGAGUACUCUCAAAAUUCACCAGCGCAUUCACACAGGAGAGAAACCGUAUCACUGCUCAGACUGUGGGAAGAGUUUUAAUCAACAGAGUAAUCUCAAACUGCAUCAGCGCAUUCACACAGGAGAGAAACCGUAUCACUGCUCAGACUGUGGGAAGAGUUUUACUAAACAGAGUACUCUCAAUAAUCACCAGCGCAUUCACACAGGAGAGAAACCGUAUUACUGCUCAGACUGUGGGAAGAGUUUUACUCAGCAGAGUACUCUCAAAAAACACCAGCGCAUUCACACAGGAGAGAAACCGUAUCACUGCUCAGACUGUGGGAAGAGUUUUACUGAGCAGAGUAAUCUCAAAAAUCACCAGCGCAUUCACACAGGAGAGAAACCGUAUCACUGCUCAGACUGUGGGAGGAGUUUUACUCAACAGAGUAAACUCAAAAAACACCAGCGCAUUCACACAGGAGAGAAAACUAUCCCAAAUUUGUUCCACUGCAAUAAAAAGUGCUAAUCGUAAAUCUUUCGGACAGAACACCUUAUCCUACACAAAUGUUUCACUUUGUCACUUGGGACACGUUCCACCAGAAACAAACAUGAACUGAAUUUAACAAUGGAUUUUACAGUUUCAGCAAAAUGAAUCUUAUCCAGGGAUGAUGUUUAUUGAAUUCCAUGUUGUGUUUUCUUGUAUGUUUGAUAUUGCAGGACAUUCUUCGUGAGACAGAGCUCAGUUUUUAGGGUAGUUACGGUAGGAGUUCAGUUCUGAAGAAGGGAAGGUUUUUGAGUUUGAGCAAGGGCACUGCCAGUGCUUGCACCAGAUGGUAGAUUAGCAUAACUUAGUCUUUAAAAUUUAGAUGCCAUAGUUGUUAGGAGUAGAUUAGGAUUUUGGAUAAAACCUUCAGUGCUUAUGCUUAGAAGGUUUUGAAAGAAUUUAAUCACUUUUCUAGCUUAUGCAUAUUUUAUUAUUUCCAUGAAUUUCUAGUAUCUGUUUUUAGUCUGUGGAAGCCAUCCUCAGUUCCCCAAGCUUAGCAUAGCUUAGCUUAAUGCAAUUAACUGCCAUAUGAAAGGAUAAGGGUAUAACACCCCCUGAGCCACUCCAGAGAGAGUGUGCUCCCAAAAGUGUGACCCAGAGCCACAGAGAGACGACACUGUGCCGGGUACUGCCGUGUGGAGCAUCCAGACCCCGCAGAGAGCCCAACAAAAUCUUUUCCAGAGGUUAAAUAAAACGCUCCAGACGUAGUUCCCAUACUGAAAUCAACCCCCUCCAGGCCUGUGUAGCACAGUAAGGUAACUAGCUUAUUUAUUCCCCCUGCUGUUGUUCUUGUUUGUCUAUGGUUCAGUCUGAUUAAAAAUAUGUUAGCAUAGAGGGAUAUAGAUGGAUAUUUGGUUGUUGUAUUACUCAAGUUUUAUACUCUUUUUUUUUUUUUUUUUUUUUUUUCUUAUUAGAUAUAUCUUGCUUAAGAUUUUUUAAUCUCCAAAGUUACUAAGAAUAUCCAGUUAAUUUAGUUAAUUGAUUGUUUUUAUCCAGUACCAACUAUUAUCUUUGUAUUGCUUCACCUCUAUAUGUACUCAUCUGUGUUUCAUAAAAAAUGCUUUUAGAUUGCAA